AUGGCAGCUGUACAAACAACCGGCCCCGUUAACGUCGACGACCCGUCAUCAUCAUCAUCAUCAUGGUAUCCUCAUGAUCGUCACCAAAAGUCAUCAUCCACACAGCAUGCCACUAGUACAACCAAGGCUUGUGCUAUCGAAUCAUUGUAUCAUUCCAAUGGUAACGCCAACAAUAGUAGUAGUAGCACCCACGUAUGCAACUCGUUGCAAUCAUCAUCGACCGAUCCAUCACUUUUUACUUCAUCCACUGGUAGUGUUCAAUCAUUGGGUGCUCAACGACGUCUUUAUCAGCCACACACACGCUCUUCAGCCACGGCAUCUCCACCACCUACACGUUGGCCAUCACCCACGACAACUGAAGAAGUCACUCAGUUGGUCAAACAAGUGCGUGGAACAGGAGACAAUCAUCAACAAUUGGCAUUGUGUAAGCAAAUGAUGCAACAAGCAGCACAACUUGAAAACGUCAAACAACAGCAAAGUGAUAGCACUCUGGACUUGGAUAAAGCGCUUUUACGUGAUGCAUUGCAAACUCAUACACGGCAUUUAUUGAGGCGCCUUGCACGUAACGGAUCAUCAGCAAGUGGUCAAGCACAAUUUCUUCUUGGCACGUGUAUUGGUAGUGGUACAUUGGGAUUUGACAAGGAUGUAUUCAAAGCAUGUGAAUGGUAUGAACAGGCUGCCAAACUUGGAUAUCGGGAGGCUGCUUUUCGUGCUGGUGCAUGCUACGAAUAUGGUGUUGGCACGCGACAAGACCACGUGCGAGCUGUGGCGUAUUAUGACAAGGGAGCGCGCAUGGGCCACACACCAAGCAUGUAUCGUCUAGGGGUGAUUCUUUUGCGUGGCUAUUGUCGUCAAACACCGCAACCACGUACUGCCAUUUGCUGGCUCCAAAGAGCGGUUGAUCCAGGCAAUGAUCCACAACCGUUGCCAUGUGCAUUACAUGCACUAGCCAUGGUACAGCUUACAGGCGAAUGUACACGUACAAGUCUCGUUCCCGAUACCGCAUAUGCAUUACAUCUACUUGAGCGUGCAGCAUCCCUUGGCCAUGUACCCAGCAUGUACAAGUUGGGUGAAUGCUUUGAAACAGGCGACCAUGUUGAUCAUCCCGAUGACGUCCGAUCCAUUUAUUGGUAUUCGUGUGCUGCACAACAUGGUUGUCCACAUGCUGCUCUUGCUCUUUCAGGAUGGUACUUGACUGGGUCGUAUACAAUCGAUAUUCUUCCACAAUCCGAUCAUGAAUCAUUACUUUGGGCCAAACGUGCUGCAUCCACCCGCAUCGAAACUCGAGAUUACUAUGAAGGCCUCAUUCCCGUCAAUGAAACGGUGGCGAAUGCAUGCUUUGUCGUCGCCCAUUAUCUCGAACACGGUAUUGGUGUAUCACAGCCACAGCCACAUGAUGCAAUUGCAUGGUAUCGUAGAGCAGCAGCACUCGGCCAUGAACGUGCAACAUUACGCUUACAGGAUCAACUCGACUAUGACGAUACCAGCCAUCCUUGUACAUCCUCCUCGUCUACCACAAGUUCAAACAGCUCCAAAAGCAAUAGGAAUAGUAAACGUGCCAACCGCUCGUGUGUCAUCAUGUAA